AUGGGUGUACACACCAAAAAGAAAUCUAGGAUAUUUUCAUCGUUGAGCGUUGAUUUACUUGGCCUAGUCAUUAACAAGGUUAAGGACAAAGAAGAUAGAAACUCGUUACCUCAGAACUGCAAGCAAUGGUUUAAAUUGGAAGGUCUAGACCGGUCAUCACUUUCCCUUGAUGUUAACAAGCCCGGAUUUUCCCUUCCUGCACUAACUAGAUUCCCCAAUAUAGUCAAUUUGACAUUAUGGGAUUUCAAGACCCACACCGACCUCGAAUUCAUAGCCAAACCAAAAGGUGAUGGUUGUAUUUUAAGCCGAAAAGGUCUCUGUGCUUUGGGAGAUGGGUGUCCCAAAUUGUCCGAAGUUGAGAUUAUUGGGCCAAACGCAACAGGGGAUUCUGGAGUUGAUGAGCUUUUACAUUCAGCACAGAACUUGGAGCCCCUGGUUUUGCUAAAGAAUAGCUUGAUAUCGGGUGAAGCCCUCAGAGCAAUUGGGUUCACAUCUUCCAUUAGCAUUUUAGAGCUAAUACAUUGUUAUAACAUUACAGAUGAGGGAUUGGCUUUUUCAGUGAAUGGAUCUACCUCAAAAACCCUUAAGAAAUUCGUCCUUUAUACUUGCCCUAAAAUCACUAAUACUGGGGUCGAGCUUUUGGGCAAAAUGUGCAGCUUGGAGCACCUGGAAUUGUCCUCUGGGGGAGAAAUGAGUCAAAUCACUGAUAUUGGAGGUGUGGCAAUCUCUGCAAUUCGAACCCUCAAGGAAUUGAGAUUGAAUCAUCUAAACGUGUCAAACCCUACCAUAGUCGCUCUUGCACAGAAUUUCCGCAACUUGGAAAUACUUGAUAUAGGGGGUUCUGAAAGGGACUUUUAUGUUCUAUGA